AUGAACUGUUCGGCUUUGGUUGAGAUUGAUUUGUCAAAUGGGAUUGAGUUGAUGGACUUGGCAACGGUGGCGAUUGCGGAGGCUAAGAACUUGGAGAGGUUGUGGUUGGCAAGGUGUAAAUUGAUAUCAGACAUUGGAGUUGGGUGUAUAGCUGUGGGGGCACAAACCUCGAGAAGGAAAGAAGGCAACGUUGAAGCCGAAGUGAUAAGAGUUAUGGCUAUGGUGAAGGUAGGAGAAGCCGAAAUAAGGAGUAGUCGUUUGACGAUAGCGAAGCUUCUUCUUUGUCGGGUCUGGUUCUCCCGCCUUGAGCUCGCCGGAAAAGUCCUCAAUUCCAACCGCUGGAACGUGUACAAGAACUUACAGUUAGCGAGAAAGAUGGAGAAGCUUGAAAAGAAUAUUUCAAGGUUCUUGCAAACUACUGUGCAAGCUCAUGUGCAUCAUCUAAGGUUCGAUUCGACGAAGAGGUUUGAUCGGCUUGAGGGUUCGGCUCAGAGGUUGGAGCAGCGGCUUGGAGUGAUGGAGAUGGGGGUUCAUGAGGGAGGGUGGAGGAAGAAGAGAAGUGGCACGAGGGUGAUUUGGUAA